AUGGCAAGCAUAGAAAUUAAGAACGAAGUUGGUGUAGAUCCCAAAAAGCUUAGCAAUACCACAGAUAAAGUAAUGUCGCGAGUUAAUGUAAAUCCAAAAGAGCAAACUGAAGAUAAUAGCAUCGAAAAUAAGCUUAAUUCAUCGAUGAAGAAUUUUUUGAAAACCAUUCAAAAUCGAUGGAUCAUUUCUCCGAAUCCGGAUAUAUUUAACAGAGAUGACCAAGCUGUAAAAAGGAGUAUUGCUAAUGCCAAAGAGAUGAUUUUUAGAUUUAGGGGUGCAUAUAAUUUAUCGGAUUUUAAAGAAGUAAAGUAUGUAGUCAUUUAA